AUGAUUGGAGAAAAAGAACAAGAAGGCGACGAUAAAAGAAAAUCAACUACCACAUCAACUUCAACAACAACGUUACCAACAACAUCAACAACAACGUUACCAACAACAUCAACAUCAACGUCAGCAACAACGUUACCAACAACAUCAACGUCAACAUCAACAACAACGUUACCAACAACAUCAACAUCAACAACGUCAGCAGUCGCAUAUGCGAAUGGAAAUUACAGUUUCUGGCCAAUGGAAAACAAUGCCGUUGAUAUCAUAUCAGGUCUUAAUGGAGAAAGUAUCAACUCACCUACUUAUGUAACACCUAGCAUCACCGGUAGUGGAUACGCUUUGCAGCUCAUCCGUAACAGUAAACAGUACAUACAAAUACCAAUCUUCAAAAGCUUCGUUAAUACUAGUUUUACAGUGGAAAUGUGGAUUUAUCCGACGACUUUACUCAAUGGUAAUUACUAUUUUGGACUCUUUACUCAAUAUGAUGGGGCCACCAAAGACCACUCGUUACAGAUGAUGAUUCGAGGUUUACAGCUGACCUUAGACUUCUAUGGUGGUGGAGUUAACGGUGCAACUUCACUGACAACGAAGACUUGGUAUCACGUGGCCUUUGUCUACGAUUAUCCAUCAAAAACACAAAUUGUUUAUUUAAAUGGAUACCAAGAUGGUAGUCGUAGCCCAGCUGGGCCAUAUUUAGGCACAAGUGGUUCAAUAAAUAUUGGGAUGUACCAGGAUAGUAGUAGCUUUAACUACUUUGAUGGUUACAUCGAUCAAGUGUCGCUCACUAUGGCAGCUAAAAGUGCCAGCGACAUUCUUAACGAUGCUACUUUGGCUUCAUGGCACUCAUUCGAUCGUGAUAUUACUUAUGAUUCAGGUCCAAAUAAACUCCAAGGGAAGGCAUUUGACGUAACAUUAGCACCUGGUAAAGUGGAUCAAGGAUUAAACUUCAGCUUGAGUUCAUCUUAUUAUCAGGUAUGUCAUCGGCUUAGUUGA